GUGCUGAUGGCGGCCGCCGAUGGAGCGACGCAACGGCACUUUUGGACUUCAUGCCGAAACUCAACGAAGCCAUCCGCCUGGCGGAGGCUUCGAAUUGGCAAGGCCUGCUCACCCUCGUGACGGCAUCGCCAUCGUGUGCACGGGACUGCGAUGAUUAUGGCAUGCUUCCUAUCCACUGGGCAGCCACCGAGAACACGGCACCACUUGCUCUGCUUGAGCGACUGAUUGAAGCCUACCCGGAAGGCGUCCAGGUGCCCAACAAGGCCGAAUUGCUUCCACUGCACAUCGCGAUCCGGGCCAGGGCAGGUGUGCCGACGCUGCAACUCCUUCUCACAGCUUACCCAGAAAGCAUUUGGGUUGAAACACCUUCGGGGACGCCACCGACAAUCCUCGGCGUCCAGAGCUGCCUGUCUUCCGACGCGCUUGACCUCCUCCGCGCCACCGAGCGCCUUGUCGCCCCCGACGCCAAGGGGGGCAAUCAAAAGGCUGUUAAGUUGCCGACGCCGGUGAUAUCCCCAACCCACCAGAGCACCAAUCGCCCGCAUUCGUGGCACACCAUCUCCCGAUAUACAUCGACCCCGGCUACUAAGACAUCACCGCCGCACGCGGCGCCCCUCGAACUGUCGUACGAACAGUCGGACGGUAACUCGUCCGAGGACAACAACUCGCCAUGCGCCGAGCCCCAGUCCACAUUGACGUCUGCGACGAUUCCACCAGCAUGGAUGCUCAUUGAGGAGUGCUUUGUGUGCCGUGUGCCAUUCAACAUGUUCAAGCACCGCCACCACUGCCGCAACUGCGGCAUGUCCAUCUGCAGUGCCCAUAGCGCAGAAACCAAGAUGAUGAUGCCUGGCUACACGAAUCCUCAGCGAGCGUGUUUGAACUGUGCGGCGGUCCUACGGCGGCCACCACCACCUGCUGCAUCGCAAGCAAACGACAAGCAGCACCGACGACGAACGUCCAAGUUGUUCACCUCCAUGGUGUCCCCCAAGUCGCGAGACAAGCAGGAUCGACGCGACCUGCGGCUCCGCGUCGCCGAACUCACCAAGCAGAUGGAUCAAUUGAUGCAGACUAACAUGGGCAUGCAACAGCAGCUGCUCGAUCAGGAAGAACUCAAAGCGGAGACGAUGUUGCUCAUCACGCAAGUCAUGACCCGGGUGUCGGUCCUGGAGCUCCAGAAUGAAAAGUACCGGCAAAGCGACGAUUUUGCCAUGUAACGAACGACAAAUGCCACCCAUUCGAGCUCCGCGACGAAGUAGAGUGGAGUGUUGUCGUGUUGAUCGUAUCUGCCACACAUCGCAAGUUACGUUCCUAGAAUACGCACAACGUGGCACGGUCUAGCUUUCGAGGCGGGGACGUUCGCCGAUUUCUUCCUUGACGUAAACGACAGGUGCGUGGUGGGCGUGACUGUGGCUGGUCUUGUUGCCCAAGUUGGCGAUCGUGUCGACGGUCAAGUAGACCGCAAAGAUUCCGGCGGCCAUGCCGAAGCCAGGCACAGGCUUCUUGAUGCACCCCGUCAGGAAAGGAUGGCUCCGCCACGCGUCUUGGCCCGCUAAUACCAUCGUGUUCUGUACUGCGCUCGACGGCUUUCGACCACUCGUG